GGAGAUUAAGUGGAACUGCUAAAGUUCUCAUAUCCACAAUCUCUGCUGUUGUAGGAGUAGCUUGCAUACUGUCUUUUCUAUACUUUUUCUGGUUUAGACAAAAUAAGAAAGAAUCUGCUUCAAGCUCUUAUGAAGAUGGGCUUUUGCAUGUUUCUUAUAAUAGUCUCUUGAAAGCAACGGGUGGAUUCUCCUCCACCAAUCUUCUUGGCAUGGGCAAUUUUGGGUCUGUGUAUAGAGGGCUUCUUGAUCCGACUCAGUCGAUUGUGGCCAUCAAGAUUCUCGACCUUACACGUCAUGGAGCUUCCAAGAGCUUUACAGCUGAGUGCAGUGCCUUGAGAAGAAUCCGACACCGUAAUCUCGUGAAGGUACUCACAGCAUGUUCUGGGUUUGAUUUUAAUGGAAAUGAUUUCAAGGCACUGAUCUACGAAUUCAUGUCGAACGGGAGCUUGGAUGAAUGGUUGCACCCAACUUCAUCGCAACAUGCGGAGAGAAGCAAGUUGAGUCUCCUUGAGAGAGUGAAUAUUGCAUAUGAUGUUGCUUGUGCACUAGAUUAUCUUCAUCAUCACUGUGAAACGCCAAUAGUUCAUUGUGAUCUCAAGCCAAGCAAUGUUCUUCUUGACGAUGAAAAGACUGGACAUGUAGGAGAUUUCGGGCUUGCCAGGUUCCUCCCAGAAGCAAUGCAUAAGUUACUGGCUGAUCAAUCAAGCUCUAUUGGAGUAAAAGGAUCUUUCGGCUAUGUAGCUCCAGAGUACGGCGUAGGAAGUGCGGUAUCCACACAGGGAGAUAUGUACAGCUUUGGAGUCCUUAUUUUGGAGAUGUUCACAAGCAAGAGGCCAACCGAUGACAUGUUUGAAAAUGGCCUUGACCUUCACCGCUUUGCGAAGGAGGCUUUGGCAGACCGAGUGGAGAAGGCAAUCGAUCCUGUUCUGCUUCAGGAAAUCAAGGAGUCGGAGCAGAGACGAAUAAUCGCUCCGGAGGGCAAGAAUAAAAGCUGGUGUAGUAUUCAAGAGUGUUUGGUUUCGAUCAUUGAAAUAGGAGUCGUUUCCUCUUCGGAGUCUCCUAGGGAACGAAUGGACAUUGGCAGUGCAUUGACUAAACUCCAGGGAAUCAGGAAGAAACUUCUUGAGUACAUUGUCAUCGCCUAG